AUGUCCAUCCGUCGACUCUCGCAGGGAAAGGCAGAACGAAAAGAUCCGGCUGAGGAAUCCGAGCAAAAAUCACAGAUCGCGAAUUUCGAGCAACCGACUAGAAGCGGCUCCACUUCCGGUAUUUCGGAAAAAUCCGUUACAGCCAAAUUGAAGAACACAACGGAACCAAAUUCCUCGUCGAACGGCGAUUCAGCGAACGACGAAGUGAAUGCUGACUUGGUCUUUGAAGCUGCUCUGCUGAAUUACGGCAGUCGGAAGUGUUUCAUGCUGGGCUUAUUUCUGCUCUGCACAUCCCCCGGAAUUCUGAAUGGGUUCCACGUGAUGGUGUACGUAUUUUACGGGUACACACCGCAGCAUUGGUGCGCCAUUCCCGUUCUGGAAAAAGCUGGAUGGACACCGGAACAAAUUCGUAAUAUCUCUAGUCCAAAACCCGGUGAUUGGUCGAAUUGCGAAUACUACAAACGAAACUACGCCGCGUUGGAGAAAAUGAGCUACCAACAAGCGAUGAGAAACGUGGAAUCGCAGACAAAACGUCACAUUUUAACAGACUGUAUCGAAUUCAGCUACGAUCUCAAGGAUGCGCAGGGUACCUCGGUGGUCACAGAGUGGGAUCUAGUGUGUCAACGUCUCGCUCUGAAAGCCACCGUCCAAACUGCGGUCUCUGCUGGAAAGUUCGUGGGAGCUUUUACCUUCGGAAUGAUCGCCGACAGGUUUGGACGAAAAGUUGCCUUCACGACGGCUUGCUGCAUCUACAUUUUGGCCGGGCCAAUAGUCGCCUUCACCAGUCUUUACCAACUUCUCAUAGCCGCGAGGGUUUUCAUCGGAAUCGCCGGUCUCGGUGCUUUCGAAAGUGCCUAUUCUAUCGUGUCAGAGAUAUCACCGCCGAAGCUGAGAUCUACCUUCGGGGUUCUAUACAACCAAAGUUAUCCGGCAGGAAUCUUGGGGGUUUCUUUGAUCGCCUACUACGUCAGGGAUUGGCGAAAUCUUCAACUCUGUGUUUCAUUGCCCGCUCUAUUCCUUGUUUUUCACGUAUGGCUGAUCCCCGAAAGUCCCAGGUGGCUCUACUACUCGGGACGUACCAGCAGAGCCUGGGCCAUUGUUGGGAAAUAUAGCGACGAAGACCCGACAGCAAGGCAUAAACGCACGAGCGGAUCCAACAGAACAGCUUCACAGAAAUCGUUAUCGGCGCGAAUUCGUGCUGCGAUUGUUAAUUGCUCGAGCUAUCUGCAUCACAAGGAGUUCAGGAUACGAUUGAUAGUUUGCUGGGUUGUUUGGUUCUUUACGGCAAUGUCUUACUACGCUCUAACGAUUAACUCCGCGAGUCUGAAAACCGAUCCCUACGUCUACGUGGCUUUGUCAGGAGUCGUCGAGGCAACCAGCUACGUGUUUCCGGUACCGUUGUUGCGCGUCGUUGGGAGGCGAACGGUGGCAACGGGUCUUCUCUUGACAGCGAGCUUUGCUCUCCUGCUCCUCUUGAUCAUCCCAACGAACAUGACGGGGUGGAAAGUGGCAGCCUCUCUUCUAGGUCGGCUUUGCGUGAGCGCCGUCUUCUCGGUCAUCAUUAUUCACGCGUUUGAAUUGUUUCCAACUGUGACCAGGAACACCGCAAUUGGAACCAGCUCCACCAUGGCGCAUGCAGGGAGCGUUUUCGCGCCUUACCUCGUCGACUUCUUUGCAAUAUACGGAUGGUUUAUUCCCUCCACAAUAUGCGGUCUGGGACUGCUUCUGGCCGGGUUUCUGACGCAAACUUUACCGGAGACGAAAGAUCUCGCCCUCUACGACACCCUGGAUGAUCUCUCGAGCAGGUGUCGAGAUCAUCCCGAAGAAAAGGUGUCCAUAAAAAAUUGUACGCUCUGCAGAUACCUCGGUAAAACUCGUACCAACGUGUAA